AAGCACCGAAUGUCACUGCAAAUUCAAAAUGGCGAACGUGUGUGAGGUCACGUACCGCGGGCCUAUCAAUGCGCCCGCGCGCCGUUCCCCCCACGUGGGGGACACCGCGAUGUGAUUGGCCGGUGGCGCUAAACUCCUCCGAAGAACCCCAUUGGCCAACGCGGGGCCCUCUCUCGGUUCGUCGUGUCAGUGCACAGUCUGUGUGUGGUACAGCGCGCGACGGAGGAACCGGGUUUACCCACCAGUGAGCUCGUGGUAUAUUUCACAACGGCCGACAUUUUUCACGAGAAGGAGCCGUUUAUCCGCCACAAAACAACACAUUUUGGACUUACUGGAAGACUCCCGUCCGACCCUUUGGAUUCUAAUAUUCUUUCGAGUUUGUAUGCCGUCGACAACUAGUCUCGAUCGAGGGGUUUCCAACGUCCGACCGGACGGAGAGACGCUCUCCGCUUCGGAAUCACCUUUUUAAAGGACUCUCACGGGGGGCGAAGAAGUGAAAAAUACAAACCGCGACGGACAUUUGUCCGUAUCGUUCCGUGGUGACGGCUACACGUGAAGGAUAAUACGAUUUUUGUUUCUGGAUAGUACAUAUUUUCUUCACCUGUGAGGAGGGGAGGAAUCCGCCCAGACAAAGGUUCAAAGGAGAGGCCGAGGAGGGGACGCUCCAGCGCGCGCCCCGCCGCCCAGAACAGCGCUUUUGUCCGCCGCCAUCCUGCGUGUACAGGGGAGGGGUGGCGGUGAUUUACCGCACCUUCACCGGCACUAAGGAAGGAAGGAAGGAAAGAAAGGAGAAGGGGGAAAAACACCGAAUCCACUCGUGCAAAAGGACGCGACAUGUAUCCCCAAGGCCGGCAUCCGGCACCUCACCAGCCAGGGCAGCCCGGCUUCAAGUUCACUGUGGCAGAGUCCUGUGACCGGAUCAAAGACGAAUUUCAGUUCCUGCAGGCUCAGUACCACAGUCUUAAAGUGGAGUACGAUAAACUGGCCAAUGAAAAGACGGAGAUGCAGCGCCACUACGUCAUGUACUAUGAGAUGUCCUAUGGGCUCAACAUUGAGAUGCACAAACAGACUGAGAUUGCCAAACGUCUCAAUGCAAUUCUGGCUCAGAUCAUGCCGUUCUUAUCACAAGAGCAUCAACAGCAGGUGGCUCAGGCUGUUGAACGGGCCAAGCAGGUCACGAUGACUGAGCUGAAUGCGAUCAUCGGGGUACGUGGACUUCCCAAUCUGCCUCUCACUCAGCAGCAGCCGCCUCAUAGUGUCUACCCAGCCUUCAUGCAGCAGCAGCUUCAGGCCCAGCACCUGUCCCACGCCGCGCACGGCCCCCCGGUCCAGCUGCCCCCCCACCCCUCAGGCCUGCAGCCGCCCGGCAUGCCCCCCGUGACGGGCGCCGGCUCGGGCCUGCUGGCUCUGGGUGCCAUUGGCAGCCAGGCCCACCUGCCGGUGAAGGAUGAGAAGAACCACCACGACCUGGAGCACCGAGGCCCCUCAUCUUUUCACUCGCCUCUGAACCAUCCUCCAAAAGAACGCGAGUCGAGCACGAAUAACUCCGUGUCGCCGUCAGACAGCCUGCGGGCAGCGAGUGAGAAGCACCGCGGCUCUUCAGAUUACAGCCUCGACUCCAAGAAACGCAAAGUGGACGACAAAGACAGCAUGAGCCGAUAUGACAGCGACGGAGACAAAAGUGACGACUUGGUGGUGGACGUUUCCAAUGAAGAUCCGGCCACCCCUCGGGUCAGCCCCGCUCACUCUCCCCCGGAAAACGGCCUGGACAAAUCCCGCGUCCUGAAGAAGGACGCCGCCCCCAACAGCCCCGCCUCCGUCGCCUCCUCGGGCAGCACGCCGUCCUCGAAAGCAAAGGACCACGGCCACAACGACAAGUCGUCCACACCCAGCCUGAAGUCCAACACGCCUACUCCGAGGAACGAGGCUCCAACGGCAGGAACCAGCACCACUCCGGGACUCCGGCCUCUCAGCAUGGGCAAGCCACCCGGCAUGGAGGCCUUGGCGGCGCCGGCCCUGCGUACGCCUCUGUCCAUUGCGGCUUCCUACGCCUCCCCGUUUGCGAUGAUGGGUCACCAUGAGAUGAACGGGUCACUGACCAGCCCAGGCGUCUACCCGGGUCUCAUUUCCCCACAGAUGAGUGCAGCUGCUGCCGCCGCCUAUGGACGCUCACCAAUUGCGGGGUUUGACCCUCAUUCCCACAUGAGAGCUCCGGGCCUGCCAGCCAGCCUCACGUCCAUUUCUGGAGGCAAACCAGCUUAUUCUUUUCAUGUUAGUGCAGACGGUCAGAUGCAGCCCGUGCCCUUCCCUCCAGAUGCACUGAUUGGCCCGGGCAUCCCGCGCCACGCUCGCCAGAUCAACACGCUGAGCCACGGGGAAGUGGUGUGCGCCGUCACCAUCAGCAACCCCACACGUCACGUCUACACCGGCGGCAAGGGUUGUGUCAAGAUCUGGGACAUCAGCCAACCAGGAAGCAAGAGCCCGGUGUCCCAACUCGACUGCCUGAACCGGGACAACUACAUCCGCUCCUGCAAGCUCCUGCCUGACGGCCGCACCCUCAUAGUGGGCGGCGAGGCCAGCACGCUGACCAUCUGGGACCUGGCCUCCCAGACGCCGCGCAUAAAGGCCGAGCUCACUUCCUCCGCUCCGGCCUGCUACGCGCUGGCCAUCAGCCCGGACGCCAAGGUCUGCUUCUCCUGCUGCUCGGACGGAAACAUUGCCGUGUGGGACCUCCACAACCAGACCCUCGUGAGGCAGUUCCAGGGCCACACGGACGGAGCCAGCUGCAUCGACAUCUCCCACGACGGGACCAAACUGUGGACCGGAGGGCUCGACAACACUGUCCGCUCCUGGGAUCUGAGGGAGGGCCGACAGCUCCAGCAACACGACUUCACCUCACAGAUCUUCUCGUUGGGCUACUGCCCCACUGGCGAGUGGCUGGCCGUGGGCAUGGAGAGCAGCAACGUGGAAGUGCUCCACCACACCAAGCCUGACAAGUACCAGCUGCACCUGCACGAGAGCUGCGUCCUCUCACUCAAGUUCGCCUACUGUGGUAAAUGGUUUGUGAGCACAGGGAAGGACAACCUGCUGAACGCAUGGAGGACUCCUUAUGGUGCCAGCAUAUUCCAGUCGAAGGAGUCGUCCUCCGUCCUGAGCUGCGACAUCUCAGCGGACGACAAAUACAUCGUGACCGGGUCCGGGGACAAGAAGGCCACCGUGUACGAGGUCAUCUACUAGAGCGGGACGAGGCUCCUGCUUCAGCACUGGUGAGCCGGCUCCUAACGUGUGGACUACAACACGCCGACGUGAAGCACACGCUGGGGAUCGAUGGAGCUGUCGACAAAAGGAUGCUUGUGCUGAAAGAAGGUUUUCUGUACUUUUUUUUUUGUUUUUUUGUGGAAGGGUACAUUUUUGGGGGUUACACAUUUUUUGUGACUAUCUUUUUUUUUUUUUUCUCUGCCGCCCCUGAGAAUAUUUGGGUGUGAACCGAUGAAGCGGCGCUUCAUUUCUGAGAACCUCGCCUCCCCCAGACGUCCUGUGAAAAGUGUACAUAUCGGAUUAAAUAAAAGACACUUUAUAUAUAUAUAUUAUAAAAUAUAUAUAUUUUCAUGUCCUGGGUGUACUUGUGAUCAAUAUCCCACUCUGUCUUAUGCCUUGAUAUUUGAGUGGGACAGCGGAACAUAGGUUAGAACUUUUUAACGAUUUUACCCUUGAUUUUCUUAAAGCACAUCCUCCGAGCCGACCUUUUCCAGAAAUCAAUCUUGUAAGUAGGACGUUUUGUGGAGAUUUUUAAAAAGGCCUUUUUUUGUCACAGUGCUCUUACGGGACAAUGGACACGUGGAGUCCUCUGACUCCGGCAGAGACUCAGCUGGUUUGGACCACUGUAGGACGGAGCAGGACACUAUGAUUCAGGAAAAGAAAUGGAUGUAAAUUUAAUUCCUAUUAUAUAACACGAGACCUUUUUAAAGUGUACUGCUCUGUCUGUGCUAUCUCCCUGUUUGUUUUACUUCGUUGGAUUGUGGGAGACGGGGGACGUUUCGUGUCCAGCCUCACCCUUGGACCUGAGUUGGCGGCAGCCACAAACUGAAUGGAAAUGUGCUUUUUGCUAACUUGACGCAAUGUGGAUGUUUAAUGGCCCCAUUGAUUUCUUGGCGAGAGACUAAACUCAAACAGUUCAAGCUGCACUAUUGGAAUCCUUCUGCCCUUUUGUAUCGUAUCAAUAUUCCUGGAAUGUUUUGAUUGGCGCAGACGUGAAGACGGCACUUAACAUGUAAACACGAAUUGGUCACUCGAGUGUCUCCCGUGGCGACGGCGAGACAACGGCGAGCAAUAAUUGACGUGCUCCGUGUUCCUGAAACCUGCAUUUCCCACAACAACAAAAAAACCAUGUAAAGCAGUGACGAGCGGCCCCUGAAUCACACCAAAGUAUGUAGCAAAUGCUGUCAGCACUGAAAGACAUGUACAGUUGUUAAUAAACCAAUAAAACCGUUUUUGUA